AAAGCUAAAGCACCAACGAUGUCUUCAUUACAAACCCUGCAAACAUGUCUCCCUCUACAGCUGCUCACCGUCACACUCGUUAUCUUCAUCCUCACCGCCACGACGGAGAUUAUUCGUCAUCGAUUCAGGCAGCGGCGGCGGCGGCUUCCGCCGGGACCGCCGGCGAUACCCAUCAUCGGAAACUUGCAUCAGAUCGGAGAAUUACCUCACCGUUCUCUCUGGAAGCUCUCUCGAAAGUACGGUCCUCUCUUACGCGUCAAGCUUGGUUUUGUCCCAACUGUUGUUGUCUCGUCCCCUGAAGCAGCUAGGGAAUUGCUUAAGACACACGACCUCCAUAGUUGUAGCCGUCCAGCUCUCUCAAUUGCCAGAAGACUGUCAUAUGAUUACGCGGACAUCGGUUUCUCACCGUACAAUGAUUACUGGAGAGAAGUGCGAAAGAUUUGUGCCCUUGAGCUUUUCAGUGUGAAAAGGGUGCAAUCUUUCAGGUACAUCAGAGAGGAAGAGAUCGAGUCUCUUGUGAAAACGAUAUCCCAUCACUCUGAUUCUGGAAAACCGGUUAACUUAAGCGAGAAGUUAAUGUCGCUGGCCGUUGCAAUGAUGUUUAGAGCUGGAUUCGGGAUGAGUUCCCGAAAGAUAGAGGAGGAUAAUAAGAGGUUUCGAGGGUUUGUGGAUGAAGGUAACGAGAUUCUUCGUAAAUUUUCGGCAGAGGAUUUAUUCCCGUACGUGGGUUGGAUCGUGGAUAGGGUUACGGGUCUUCACAGAAGGCGAGAGAAGUGUUUCCAUGAUCUUGAUGAGUUUUACGAAGAUACGAUUAGGAAUCACAUUCAGAACAACAACCAAGAAGGACGAGAAGAUAUUGUCGAUGUUAUGCUCAAGAUCGAGAGGGAACAGCUCGCAGUUGGGGACAAACGGUUCACAAGGAAUCACAUUAAAGCAAUUCUAAUGGAUUUGCUUGUAGCCGGGAUAGACGCCCCAGCUACAGUGCUAACAUGGGGGAUGACAGAACUGAUCCGAAACCCUAGAGUGAUGAAGAAGGCGCAAACCGAAAUCAGAAACCGGAUCAAGAACGAAGGAAUGGUUAAGGAAGAAGAUCUAGAGAAGCUCGAGUAUCUCAGAAUGGUGACCAAAGAAACACUGAGGCUUCAUCCCUCGGGAGCCAUGCUACUCCCAAGAGAAUCAAUGUCGGAAUUCAAGAUCUGCGGCUACGACAUAGACCCUAAAACCCGAAUAGAGGUGAACGUGUGGGCGAUCGGGCGAGACCCGAGUGCCUGGAAAGAUCCGGAGGAGUUUUUUCCGGAGAGAUUUAUCAAAAAUGAAAUCGACGUGAAAGGGCAACACUUUGAGCUGUUGCCAUUUGGAGGAGGCAGGAGAAGUUGCCCGGGAAUCAACACGGGGCUGAGCUUGGUGGAGCUAGGGCUUGCGAAUCUUCUGUACUGUUUCGAUUGGAAGCUUCCAGAAGGAAUGACCAAGGAUGACGUGGACAUAGAGGAAGCUGCUGGAAUCUCUGUUCAGAAGAAGGUACCACUUCAACUUGUUCCCGUGAAAACAACAAUUUGGAGUUGGGGUUUGGUUCAGACAAAAGUUCCAAGACCUGAGGCAAAGUAUGUAAUAUCAGAUAUGGAUUUAUAAGAAGCAUAACCAAAGACUAUUUGAAUUGCGUGGCCUCGAUCAUAACGUUGAAGUUAUAUAUUGUUGGCCUGGCAAAGUUUAAGACUAUGAUUAAAUUACGUUUGGAGCUUUAUCUUCUUGUUAUGUUAAUCAAGUAUUAUAAAUGUAUUCUGCUCAUUAAGUCA